GACUUUUCAUUUGCAGACAUAAUUACAUUGAUUUAUAAUUUCUAUUUUAUUUUCUUCUCUCAAUGAAUAACAGUCUGUGAUAUCCCGGGAGUCGAGUCCAGUGUCAUCCGCACCGCCACUGCCGUCGCCGCCGAUACCGAGUCAAUGGGAGGCGUGUGUCGUGACCCACACGCGGGACGCCAUCAUUCAAUUGAGUCAUUGCGGACAAUGGGUGCUGAAGGCGCGCGAGAAGGACGCCCUCCGUCGGCUUCGGGACGACGCCUUAGCGUUGCAAGAGUUGGCCAAAAACUACGGCAACCCCUCAGACGACUACUUCGACGACGCCGUCGACAGUCGCGCGCGAGAGUUGUGGCAGUGUUUGACGCCCGGCAGCGGUGGUCCUGCGAAGCAAAGGCCGCCGAUUGUGAUGGACUGGCGGACGUGUGCCGACGGUAUCAACAUUUUGAUGCACUCGUACGAGUCGUGCGACGAUAUCCGGGGCGACGCGAGCCAGUGGUUGACCGCAAAGAUCUCUGAAUGCGAUUACGUCACUGCGCUUCACGUGCGGGCCUUUUGGUCCCGUUUUGACCCCGAACUCACUCUUCAGGAUGUGCUGAAAGUGGCGCUCGAUGUGAGUCGAGUGAUCAGAGCCAAAGAGAUACCGCAGUUCGAGACACUGUUGUCCCGGUUUAUCGCCCGCGAGUGGAACCCCCAUGAGGUCACGUGGGCUGCCGUUCGCGCUAUGAUCACUACUAGUGAGCCUCAGAUGGCGGCCAUCGCUCGCCAGUGGCUCAAGAUUAUGACCGACGAUAACGAGCCCGAAAUAUUAUCUCAUUUGCUGUCGGGUCUGGAGUCUAACUCACUGACCACCCGUCGGGCCUCGUGUCACGCCUUGGCCUACAUCCGGGCCGAGCAGUCGAUCGACGAACUCCUGUUUGUGUCCACUGAGGACACGGACCCACGCGUUCGCGAAGAGGCCCGCAAAGCGUUGUCCACGUUUGGAGGCGACGCCCAACAGCGUUGGCAUCAGUGCUCUCUCACGCAAAUGGGUUUCACCGGACUGUCCAUCAGUUCCGGCAGUGACCACAACAACAAGAAUUGGGCCAAACUUUCCUCGAAUAGCAUUAAUAACAAUAAUAAUAAUUUUUAAGUGCAAUAAAAAUACAUCACUUUUUUCCCUUUCAUUUCAUUAUAUUUUUUUGUGUAUAAUUUGU